AUGCGUACAAUUAUAUCCGUUUAUAGUCUGAUCCCAGCCAUUUACAGUGUAAUCGCAGCCAUUUAUGCUGACACAAGCACCAAGCCGUUGUCCAAGGUUAAGAACAUAAGAAGAACUGAGGCAUACUACCACAACUAUCUCGUCAAGUACGAGCCCCACAACAACAUGGAGAGAAAUGUCUCCAAUAUUUAUAAGCAUAUAAUCGAGCAGCACUUGUUUAGAUCCUUUAUGCUAACACAAGCAUUUAUUGGAUCAUGUUCAGAGCAGUCACUAAAUAUCAAAGUCUGGUCUCAUUUAUUCGAAUGCUUUUUUGGUAGAAACCCAGAUUUGUUUCUCCAAUGGGAUAAGACCAGGGCUGCCGACUGUACCGCUGCAGCACUUGACUUCAAGUUGGAUUUGAGGAUUACUGUCAAUACUGAAAAGGAAAAUCAUGAAGUUGCCACUGCUGAGCUAGCUAAAUUAAAAUCAACUACGGAAUCCAAGUUGUAUAAUCAUAAGCUCAAGCUGGCUCUCGGAACAGAAUGUCUUUACAAAGGGAUAUUGGGCUCUUUAAUCGUAAUUGAUUGCACGGUUAAUCAAGAGCAUUCUGGCUGGUGUACUUCAUGCCUGGUUCAAGAAACUGCCAGGCAAGGGAGAAAACGCUCUUCCUUACAAAAAGAUGGGGCUUCUUGCUAUAUUGGGGUUUACAUACGGUCUUCCGCUUCUUUUUUAGCCUUUUCUAGGAAAAGACUGGCCACAUUCCUAAAGACUAGCCAAAUUCCUAAAAGCUAA